CUGAGUCUCGUACUGCUACAACAGAAAGAAUUCAGAGAUUAAAGAAUAGAUUUGCAACUUACAGACACCCUGGUGCAAUAUAUAGAAGCCGUCCUCUUAGCGGCAUGAUUGAAGCUGCAGAAAGUCAACGAUUAUCUUCUCGUAUGCGAAAUGACGAGCCGGACUCGCAUGAAUUGGAAAUUUGUCUUGAAAUUGUGUGA